AUGAUUAUCAUAAUAUUUAUAAAAAAAAAAGACCAGAUGAUACUAAUUUAUUAGGAGCAGCUCAUUUAGCAACAAAUAUGUGCAAAAGAAUUCAGCAAUAUGAACCAGUAUCAGUAAUUUUUAAUGGCAUAUCAGUUCAUAAUCUAGUAAAUAUUGAUGUAUCAAUUAUUGAACAGUCUCUUUAUUCUAUGCAAGAUUACUUGAAAAUUUUAAAUAUAAUACUUAAAUAUAAUGAAACAACAAAUUAUUUAAAUAAUUAUAUUAUUCCAGUAAUUGCAGAUUGGCCAGAACAAUUAUUUAUUAGAAAAGCUAUUACUCAAUUGCAUAAAAAUAAUUCAAAAUCACAAAUUUUAUCUGGAGUAAUUUUAUUUGUUCCUAUUCUUAGACUUUUAUAUAUUAGUCUUAAUAGCAGAGAGCAA